AUGUGGGGUCCCUCUCGUGGAAGACAAUCUCCACACACUUACUCCAAUGUACUUUUUGUUGAUCCUAUCCAAGAAGACACAGGUGAUUAUAUGAAACUGGCAGAAUUAUUCUAUCACCAUAAUGUACCACUUAGUUUGCCUCCUUUUGAAAGCUGGCAUAAUUUUUUACAGACUGCUGCGUAUUGGACAUGGCCCAGUGCUGUCAUGUGUGUAGUCAGGAAUAGGCAACAGCUUAUACAGCUCUAUUUCAUGUACCAUGAAGUUAAAGAUGGAAAUGUUCUAACAGUAAAUCAUGUGAAAGGUGUUCUUCGAAGCGAAUACCCACAUGCUGAUGUUCAGAGUAUACUAGAUGUUCAUUCUGAAUACGAUGAAGGGAGGAAGGCAGGAGCAACCUUUUAUAAAAAGACUGGCCUGGGUCCGUUGCCUCAAGCUCUGUUUAAUGGCGUGCCCUUUAACAGAGAAGAGAUGGAUGCUGCAGAGUUAGAGACAGUUAUUCUUCAGAGGAUUAUUGAUGCCACUGGCUUCUUCCAGAGGGCAGUCUUCAUGGGUGUGUUAAAUGAUCACAUGAAUGCAAUGGAUUUUCUUAUGGAUCAACAUAAUGUAGUUUCCCGUACAAACCCCACUAUACUUGCAGCAGAAAGAAGAUACAUACAUUUCAGAUCCACAUCUGUGCCAUUUGAUGUGGAAGACUUCUCUACUUUCUCUUUUUUGGACUCACAAGAUAAAAGUGCUGUAAUUUCAGACAGCAUGAAGUAUUUAACAAAAAAGGGUGAGGAUGCAUUAUACGCUGUUACUAUCUGGAUUAUUGCUGAUUUUGAUAAGCCAUCUGGGAGACGACUGCUUUCUAAUGCCUUGAAACACCUGAAAACAAGCAGUCAUACACGAAUUGGGAUUUUGAACAAUCCUUCAUCAAAAAUAGAGGAAGAUAACACCGCUGUUGCGAGAGGAAUUUUGGCUGCUUUUCUAACCCAAAACAACAGCAACUUAAAAAGCUUCCUAAGUAAACUCAGUAAGGAAGAGACAGCAAAAUCCCUUGCUGCUGGAGCUAAAAUCACGCAAUUCCUCAUCCCAGGAAUGGACGGUGAUACUUUUGAGAAGAAGUACAACACUUUAGGACUGGAUUUGAUUAAAACCCACCAGAUGUUCUGCCAGGAGGUUCUUAAGCUGCUUCCUGGGCAAACGGGUGUUAUGUGCAAUGGCAGG